AUGGCAAAAGUACUAGCUAAAGCUUCAAGUCUUAAUUAUAAAAAACCAUCAUCAAAUACAUCAGAAACCAAUUACAAUGGAAAUAUAAGAAGUCAAACUCCUCCUAUAAGAUCAAUUUCUUCUUCAAAUUCAAAUACAAGAUUUGCUCUGUUAACUCCUCCUCCUCCACCACUUUCAACUUCAAUGUUAAGAGCUGUCAGUACUCCACUGCCAGUUGGUAGAUCUCCUAUGACUUCUUCUCCAUCAUCGUCAUCUUCAUUAAACCUUUUGCAUAAUAAUACUAAUCUUAAUAAUAAUUCUAAUCAUAAUCAUGUCAAUACUAAUAAUAAUUCAUCACCAGAGAAUGAUAAGUUAAUCAAAUCUUUAUUAAAACAAUUUAAAAAGUUGGAAAAUGAAUUAAAUAAGUUCAAUUCAAAGAAAUAUAAUCAUUCAACUACAAGUCCAUCAUUAAAAGGAAAUAUUUUAAGAACUUCAUUAUUACCAUUCUUGAGAUCAAAUAAUAAUCUUGAUAUUUAUUUCUCCAAACAUUCUCAAAUUUAUAAAAGUUUAAAUACAGUGAUAGUAUCGAUAUUAAUUAAAUGGUGGUAUUCAUUGAUUGGAAAUUUAACCAUGACUUCUAAAACUUCAACCACUUCAAAUAGUGAUAGUAAUAAUCGAAACUCACCUCAACCAUCUUCUCCAGCAACUACUCCUGCAUCAACUUCUCAUACUGCUCCACCAUUUCCUAUUUUAUAUUCUUCCAUUCCCGCCAGUGAUAGAAAUGCUUACCUUGAAUGUAUAUCAAGAAUCGUAUCUAGAGAUGAAUGGAAUUAUGUCGAUGUGGAUAUGUAUAAAGAAUAUGAGAAUUUAUUGGUGAUGACUUUGGAUUAUUCCAUCGAGAGAAUGUCAAAUUUAAAGAAUUUAUCAUUAUCAGUAUCAGCAUUCAUUGGGAAAAUAUUUGCUUAUAGUUUUUUCAAAUUACCAAAUGUUAGUAAUGCUCUUUUAUUUUUAUUGAAUGUUAAACAAAUCAUGUUUGAAAAUACGGUGAAAUUAUUAGAUGAUACUGAUUCUGAUAAUCAAGAAUUAAUCCAACAAUUAUAUUCUAUCUUCCCAACUCAUUUGCAUUAUUUAAUUGAUUUUAAAGGGAUCUCAAAUUUAGCUAUGAAAGGUCAAAAGAUUAUGUUUAAUUGUACUCCACCUCCAAAACAUCCUGUUAAUGGUAUUAAAGAUCCUAAUGGAAGUUGGGUUAGAAGAUGGUGUAAUUGUGAUUCUAAUGUUUUCAAUUCAUUCUUUAGACAUUAUUUAACAAUUGUAAGUGCUCAAAUCACUCGUCAAAGUCAAGUCGAACCAGUUGAUUUCAGAGUAUUGUUGAAUUGUCCUGGUUUUAAUGUGAUUAUAAGUCAUAUAUUUCAUAUUUUCCAAAUGUCAAUCUCAAGAAUAUCAAAUAAUAAUUCAAAAUUCCAACAACAAAUGUCCAUAUCUUCACCUUUGAAUCCAACCAAUAUGAAAUCUUCAUCCUCAAGAUUAUCUCCUCCAUUACCAAAUCCAUCGCCAUCUGGUGGUCCAACUUUGGCUCCUCCGCCUCCCCCUCCUCCAUCAAACAUUCCAAUUAAGCAAACUGAUAUUUAUUAUAAUUCAUUAAUUAAAAUCUUUAAAACUUUAAGAGAUGUCAUUCAUGCCAGUAAAGAUGAUGAUGAUAUCAUUACUAUUGGGUUGAUUAAGUAUUUUGAUACUUUGUUCAUUUCAAUUGCUCAAGAAACUAGUAUUUAUGAUUUCAAUAAGAAUGGAUUGAUCCUUACUAUCGCUUAUGAAUUUAUUAAUCAUGUUACUAAUAAUAAUGAUAUCCAAUUAAAUUCUAAUCAUAAUAAUGCUAAUAAUAAUACUACCACCACUAAUAAUAAUAAUCAAUCAUCAUCAGGUAAGAAUUUUAAUAAUUUGAUUGAUUGGGAAUUCUGGUUAAGUUGUAAUUACAUGAUGAUUCAAAAUACUGAUCAUAUUCAAAUCUUAUUAAAGAAUAUAUCAUUUUUAUUUAAUAUUUGGGAUAUGAUUCCUGAAUCAUUAUCUAAAUUUGCUUUCAAUAAAGAUGAUAAGAUUAAUAAGAGUCAUAAGAAACCUAUCCAUUAUCAUUGGUUAGUUGAUUUAAAUGAAAGUUUUAAAUUUAAUUUCAUGAAUUAUUUGAUUUCGAAUAAAAGCUUUAUAAGAUUCAUAACUCAUUGGAAUCCAAUAAUUAGAUCUUACUAUCUUCGUUUAUUAACUUGGAGAAUCAUUGGAAUUAAUAAUUAUCAAUCAUCAAUUAUGAUUCAAACUACUAAAAGAGUUCAAAAGAAAUUGAAUAAAUGUUAUGAGAUCUUACAUAAAUUCACUCUUGAGUAUCAAAAUCUUACUGGUGAGGAAUAUAAUUUUGAAUUGAAUUAUAAGCCAGAUAAUCCUUUAGUUAAUCGAAAAUUUGGUAUUUUACCUAUCAGUGGUAAGAAUGAUUAUUAUUUAUCUAUUCAAGAUGAUAUUACUCCUUCAGCUCCAUUAACGUCUUCUGGUUCUGAUAUGUUGACUGCCACUUCAUUCAAAUCAAGUGAAUUGAGAAAGACUCAUGCUUAUGAAAUACUUGAUGAAGCCAUUUAUACUUGUUCAACUUUAACUGAUGAAAGUUCCACUACCAGUAAGAAAUCGAGUUCAUCUAUUUCAUUAAGAUCUUCUUCAUCUUCCAAUUCAAUUUCUAGUAAUUCAAGUACUUCAUCCUCGUCUAAAUCCAAAAACCAUUCCAUUGUUAGUUCUAUUGGAAAGUUAUUUAAGAUUUUAUCCAUUGAUGAAAAUGAAGUUUCUAAAGGUGGUAAUGCUGAUAUUGAUAAUAAUAAUACUUCAUCUUCAGAUAAUGAAGCUGAACCUCCAGUUACAAGAAAUUCAGCUUCUUUAACUUCAUUAUCAACAUCAUUUUCUUCAUUGAAAUCAAGAUCGUCAAGUCCAAGCUUAAUGUCCUUUGUAUCUACUCCAACUUCAAUUACUGAUUCUACAUCUUCUUCCGUUAAGGAUUCUGAUUCUGAAUCAUUAUCAUCGAGUAUUCAAACUAUUGAUAUUAAAGGUAAAUCAUCAUCUUCAAAGUCUUCUUCAUCUUAUACAUCAUUUUAUAAUGCUCAACCUACUGAAUUAGUAAGAGUUCCACCUGAAAUCAUCAGACCAAUUUAUAAAUUCGAUAUUAUUGUUGAUCAUGAAUCACUUAAUGAAAAAUUUACUUAUGUAAAUAAUCAAAAUCAACAAAAGUAUAAGACUAAAUCUGAACCAAUUAAUUAUCAACAACCUAAGAUUAGUUAUUUUCCAUUAUGUCCUCGUAUACCAUUAAUCUCCAUCUUUAUGAAUAAUGAUAAUUAUGGAUCUAAAUUUUUCAUUAAUGAUGAAGAAGAAUUAUUUAUUGAAAACUUUGGUGAAGAUGGUGAUGAAGUUGUUGUUGGUGGUGGUAAUAGAUCAUCAUCAUAUAAAACUGAAUUAGAAUAUGAUGAGUUAUUCAAUUACUUCCAAGUAUCGACUGCUUCCAGAAAGGACAGUAGUAAGAUCAUUAAAUUGGUUAAUUUAGGAAGAAGUCUUAAUGAAUUGAAUUUAUUAAUUGAAGAAUUUAAAUUAUUCUUGAAUAAGAGAAUUGAAGUUGAUCAAUUCAAUCAAGAUCUUUCAAGUAUUAAUGAAUUCAUUUAUUUCAAAAAGAUCAUUCCAUUCUUAUCAGUUGAUAGUUCUAAUGAACUUAAAUUAUUGAAUGCCAGUUAG